AUGGGCAUCAUAGCAAACUCCAACUGGGCCAAGAACACCACCACCACUAACAACAGCAACCGUGACAUGGGCUUCCUCCUGUUCUUCUUCUCCAGCCACAAGAACUCUUCCGCCGGGCUCCAGGAUUCUCGUUUUCGACGGCAAACAGACGCAACCCAAUCCUUACCAAAACUCAAUUCACCAUCUCCCGCCUACUCCUUGUUGGUCCUCUUCUCCUUCCUCCUCUUCGCCCUUUCCACCUUCGAGCCCCCUCCCCUUCCCACCCGUCUCGUUCCCCACCAGUUCCUGUCCAAGAACCACCUUGCUGGAAGAGGGAGAAGAUCUGGUUUCGAAACUAUAGUUCGCGAGGAGAACGACUUGUUCUCCGCGCUCCUCCGCCUGCAUUGCGCGACGAAUCAUUGUAAAUCGCCGUUGAAGGAGAGAGGAAAAUGCUCCUGGUCCAGAUUUGACGCGGAGCGGUUCGUGAAAAGAGUGAAUCACAGCAAGGGAAUGGUUAAAGCGGCGGCGGCGGGGACGAUGGAGCCAACUCUUCUGCUGGGUAAGAAAUUUCGAAUCAAUGCUUCCAUUAAUGGCAGUUACAAUCCUGCUCCAAGUAGUGAUGGCUAG